AUAGAAGUGCAAGAAGAAACUAUUAGGUGGUGUAAAGAGCGUGGUGGUAUUGUCAAGUCACAACAUGGUCCGUUUAAGCAGUUAAGUGGACCCGGGCCUUAUCCUCUGGUGCGAGCCCACCAAAUACCGUUGUGUGGCGCGCGCAUUUUCUCCUGUAACGAACUUGCAAUUGCAAUUGCAAGUGGAUGAAUCAUCACAGCGACAACAAAACACCCAAAACCCAACUUUUGCUUUCUUCUGCAAGUUUCCAAAACCAAGUGGACUCUUCAGUUCUUUGAGAUCAGAAUGAGAUUGCGCGCGACGUUGUCGUUUUAGCACCAUCCAUGGCUUACUACGAUUCUGCGCCUUCUGUCCCUCUCCUAUGGAACUUCUCUCAAGUACUCGGCCAACAACUUCCCAACGAGCCUCUCCAGAACGACGACAUCAUAACAACCAUUGCUUUCGAUAAGCUCGGCGAUCAUCUCGCCGUUGGUGAUCGAGGUGGACGCGUUGUAAUAUUCGGUAGAGACGAUCGGAAAAAGAAUGUUUCGAGUAAUCGAAGGGAUCUGGAGCAGCGGGAUUUCGCCUCGCAGCAUCCCGAAUUUCGUUACAAGACAGAAUUUCAGAGCCACGAACCCGAGUUUGAUUACCUAAAGAAUGUGGAAAUUGAAGAGAAGAUUAACAAAGUAAGGUGGUGGAUGACCCACGACAGUUUGCAAUUUAUUCUUUCAACUAACGAUAAAACAAUUAAAUUGUGGAAGGUUAAGGAGCAUAAGGUGAAACAAGUUAUAGAAAUGGCCCCUCCUUUGUGCUCAGAAAAUAUGCUUUUGGCGGAAAGUAGUUUCGUACCAGGGCUGGAAACCAAGUCUGCUGCUAAUGGCUAUCGUUUGGAAUGGAUAGAGAAGAUGCCUCAGAAUUUUUUGCCGCCUCAGGACGUUGAUAGCGAGAUUGGUGGAAUGGAAGACCCUUUUCGCGCAAAGCGCCAAAAGGUGUAUGCUUAUGCUCACAGUUUCAAUAUUAACUCCAUCUCAAAUAAUAGUGAUUAUGAGACCUUUGUCUCGGCAGACGACCUUAGAAUCAAUUUGUGGAAUCUUGAGGUCAGUGAUCAGUGUUUCAACAUUAUUGACAUGAAGCCAUCAAACAUGGAGGACCUUACCGAGGUCAUAACAUCAGCUGAAUUUCAUCCUUUACAUUGUAACCUCCUUGCAUAUAGCAGCUCACAAGGUUUAAUUCGUCUAUCUGAUUUGCGACAUUCAGCAAUAUGUGACCAUGCUUCCAGAAUAUUUCAACAUGGAGAGAGUUAUGGAUCAAAGUCUUUUUUUACAGAAAUCACUUCUUCUAUCUCAGACAUAAAGUUUUUAAAUGAUGGCCAGCAUCUUAUAAGUCGCAAUUACAUGAAUAUGAAGCUUUGGGACAUGCGUAAGGAGUCAUCUCCAGUCGCAAUAUUCAAAAUUCACGAGCAUCUGCGUCCUAAGUUGCCAGAGCUAUAUAAUAACGACUGCAUAUUUGAUAAAUUUGAGUGCUGCUUUAGUGGUGAUGGACUCCAUUUUGCAACUGGCUCUUAUAGCAAUAUCUUGCGGAUAUUCUCCCCAGGCUCUGGAAGAGAGGAAGGGAUUAAACUAGAAAUUAGAGGAAAUUUUAAUAGGGAAAUCAAUACGGAGGAAAUAAAUCAACGAUUGACCUAAUCUUGAUGAUGUCCCCUCAAAUCGAUAUUGGAAGAUGAAGCAUCAAUUUGCCAAAAAAGAUUGAUGGUAGAUUGAGAAAGAUCUUAGUAAAGACAUCAACAAUAUGAAGGUAAAGAAAGCGUGAGAAAGAUGAAUGAGGUGGUCAUCAUACCUCAUUGUAGACUUUACGAAUAUAGUGACAACAAUCAAUUUCAACGUGCUUUUUAUGUUCAUGAAAUAGUGUCAGAGAGAUAUUCCUCGGAUUUCGUUAUUUUCAUGAAGUGUUUUCACAGUGUUAAAACAUGAUUAUGUCCUAACAUCAGAUCAUGACAUAUGCAAUGCUUCAUCUAAUGACGAUAGGCACAAUGUUUCAACUAAAAACAAUAGACGCAAAGCCCCUUGUGUACAUUCUUUGCUGAUAAGCUUAAACUUGGACAGACAAUCAAGAUAUGUGGUCUUAAGCAUUUGAUGGUACAAUUCAAAUAUUAUAAAUGUUUAUUUUACACUAUGGAGAGCAUUCAUUCUAAUCGGUCUUUAAAGAGGAUGUCUUGAAGACUUAUCUACAUCCAAGAUCUCAUGAAGAAUAAAGUUUUUCCACAUCAACAAUCCUACUGAAAAGAUUGUCUGCCAACUUUGCAUAGACCAUUGCAGUCAUACAUUUUACUCUAAUUUGGACAAAAGCUAUUUGAAAUAGGUCUGAUAACUUAUGUCAAGUAUUAGGUUGUUCUCUAACUAUCUAAAAGAGUGAGCCAAAUCUUGUAUAUGUUGUAAGAUGCAACACAUACUUUAAGAACCUGUGAUCUUUUAGAUCACUUUGUAAAUUGUUUUU